AUGCGAAUCCUAUGGCAUUCGGCCGUCCACCGGCUCGAAGCCUGUGCCUACAAUUGCUUCAACGGCUUCGUCUGGGUCGCCGGGCCCGCCUUCAUUCUGAUAGCAGUGUCACUGGUCUCCGGCGUAGCUUACAUAUAUUUCACCGUUAACCUCCCGUACCUUUUCCCCGCGGACACCACUCACCCGACACUGAAAGCUGCUAAUGUCAUAUGGGCGAUGUACCUGUUGGUGUGCUUGGCGUUUCACUAUACUCAGUGUAUACGAGUGAAACCGGGGAGUCCGCCAUAUCGGCCGGAGAAGAACGUGCAGCAGGAGCGGGGUGCGGAGGGAGGGGCGAGCAACGAUGAUUUUAGGAUAGAUGUGACGAGUGGGACGGAUACGGAGCUCUUACUGCGAUCGGACAAUGCCUCAUCGAGUACAGCGGUCGGGGACGGCGUGGGGUUACAAGGGAGGACGACAUCAUCCGGAAUAUCCCCAGUCGCAGCAAGUACAGUCAGCAGCAGCACACCUCGGCAAGACGAGCACCGACCACGAAAGCGGCACUGCAAAAAAUGCCACAACUGGAAGCCCGACCGAGCACAUCACUGCAGCGUCUGCCAAUCCUGCGUCCUCAAGAUGGACCACCACUGCCCCUGGAUCCACAACUGCGUCGGGUACCACAACCACCGCUACUUCUACCUCUUCCUUCUCUACAUGUUCCUCGCGUGCGUCUACUACACCGCGAUAUCGGUCAGCAUGUUUCGGUACGAGAUCUUGGAUUUUGGGAAGUUUAACUGGCCAUUUGAGGAGGCGCGCAUGGGCUUUGUGUUUUCGUUUGUGCUGGCUGUUGCGAUCGCUAUUGCGAUGGGCGGGUUUUUGGCCUGGCAUACAUUCCUCGUUGCGACGGCACAGACUACGAUCGAGUACUAUUCGAAUCAGUACGAGGCGUAUGAGGCAAAGGCCUGUGGAGAGAUAUUCUACAACGAAUACGACAUGGGCCCUCGUCGGAAUUUUGCAAACUUCUUCAACAUCGGCCCACGGUACAAAUGGUGGACCGUCCUUCUCCCCAUCCCUAUCCCGGCCCAGGGCGACGGCCUGCAUAUGCAAAGGGCUAUGGAUGUCGAUUAUUAUCCGUGA